UCGCCAGUUAAGCAGAUAUUCCUUUCUUUCGCGCUCAAUAAGCUGUCGCCAGCUUUCCAUCAUCAUGGCAGCCGAACAAAGAAAGCUGCUUGAGCAGCUUAUGGGAGCGGACCAGCUCAUAGGUACCGGUGGCGGCUCUCGCAGUGCGCAGCUUCAGAUUACGGACCCUAAGGUCUGUCGCUCGUACCUGGUCGGAACUUGCCCGCAUGACCUCUUCACCAACACCAAGCAAGACCUGGGCCCUUGUCCCAAGGUACAUAGUGAAGGAUUGAAGACGGAGUACGAGACCGCCUCAGCGGCCGAGAAGGCGAAAUGGGGCUUCGAGUUCGAUUACAUGCGCGAUAUGCAGAAAUAUAUCGACGACUGUGAUCGCAGAAUUGACUCCGCCCAGCGACGAUUAGAGAAGACUCCCGAUGAGAUCAGACAGACAAACAACUUGCUGAAACAAAUCUCCGACCUUACAAACACCAUCAACACCGGUCUCCUUGAAGUUUCCGUUCUCGGUGAAACUGGUGCCGUGGCCCAAGCACUCAACGAACUACACAAGAUUCGCACCGCUAAACACCAAAAAGAGACUUGCGAGCGCGAACUCAAGAAUCUCCAAGAUACCUCCGGUCCAUCAGGUCAUCAGAAGCUGCAAGUCUGCGACGUCUGCGGUGCCUAUCUGAGCCGUCUUGAUAACGAUCGCCGGCUUGCCGACCACUUCUUCGGCAAAAUGCACAUGGGUUAUUCAGACAUGCGCAAGACCUACAAAAAGCUCAGCGAAGAGCUCAAGGGGCGCCCACCUCCUGUCCGUCACCAUGAUGAUGACGAAGGCGGUUGGGGUGGCCGCUCAGGUGGUGGACGAGGCCCACGUUAUGGUGGUGGUGGCGGAUACAGGAAACGAGGCGGACGGUGGUGAUUGAGAUGCCUACUGAUCGUGGUUUCUUUCCAAGUAUUCUGGCCGGAAUUUGCAUAGCGCAGGCGUUGAUUUUCUUUUCUUCAUACCUAGGAUUUGAUGAGUUGCAAUAUGUGGACGUGAUAGGCUUGUUUACAUGUCAAUAAAUAAUGAUCGCAGCGUAGCAUAGCCAUCAUUCUAUCUUUAUAUUAAUCUGGCCAGCAUAGCAAAG